AUGUCUUCAUUCACUCUCCUCGCGGCAGCGCUGCUGACCACUGCUCAUGCUCUACCUGCGCCUGCAGACCACGGGAACUAUGGCAAAUAUGGCAGCUAUGGUAGCUACGGAGCCAAGCCAGAUAAUGGCAGCAGCUCAGAGCAGCCUACGGAGAAAUAUGUUGUCUCCCUCGGGCCACGUCCAUACUACCUGGUCAACAACAUGACAGAUGGCGCCUUGAAGACUAAGCUGGAUUCCUGCAAGAGCCUGGACUUCUCAGUCACUGGCUUCACGAUCGGUCACCGCGGCGGAGGCACUCUCCAGUUCCCAGAAGAGACGGCACAGUCUGAAGACGCUGGUGCUCGCAUGGGAGCCGGCAUCCUUGAAUGCGACGUCUCUUUCACCAAAGACAGAGGUCUCGUCUGCCGCCACUCCCUCUGCGACCUUCACACCACGACCGACAUUCUCACCCGCCCCGAGCUAGCCAAGAAAUGCGUCGUCCCUUUCACACCCGCCAACGCUACCUCCCCAGCCAACGCAGUCUGCUGUACCUCCGACAUUACCAUCGCCGAGUACGAGACGCUUUGCGGCAAACAAGAUGCCUUCAACGCCUCGGCCACAACACCGAAAGAAUACCUCGGCACCGCUCCUGACUGGCGCACGGAGCUCUAUGACACAUGCGGAAAACUCUUGACGCUAGAUUCCUACAUCGAUUUGGUAGAAUCCCAGCCAGUCCAACGCAACUUCACGCCCGAACUAAAGACCCCACCCACACCAUACGUCCCCAUGCCCUUCAAUGGCUACACGCAGGAACAAUACGCCCAGGACCUCGUCGACACCUUCAAGAACCGCAGCAUCUCCUACGACCGCAUCUGGCCUCAAUCCUUCCUCUACGACGACAUCCUCUACUGGCUCAAAAACGACCACGAAUUCGGCAAACAAGCCAUUUUCCUGCAGGAAUACGACACAGCCGCAGACAUCGCCAACGCCACCCGUAACCUGACCGAAGUGCGCGCCGCGGGUGUGAACAUUAUCGGACCCUCCAUUCCCAUGCUCGUCACACCUGGUGGUCCGGACAAUAAGACCAUCGUGCCUAGCGCCUAUGCUAAGGCUAUUCUGGUGGAAGGGUUCGAUAUCAUUGCGUGGACGUAUGAAAGGAGUGGGCCGGUUGCGACGGUCAAGGAGAGUGGUGAGUAUUACUUUAGCAGUAUUGCGGAUAUUGUUAGUUAUGAUGGGCAGUAUUAUGAUUUGUUGGAUGUGCUGGCGAAUCAGAUUGGGAUUAAGGCGAUGUUUUCGGAUUGGGCGAGUAGUGUUACUUAUUUUGCGAAUUGUUUUGGGUUGGAGGGGCCAAGGAAUGUUUACAAGUGA